AUGGCUGAAAAUUGGAGGGAAGUUGUUUUUGCUGCCAAAAUACAUGAAGGCACAACAAGAGAGUCGCCCUUUACCUACACCAACAGCAAUAACUCCAGAGAUCCUUUUGAGGGUCCGAAUUACCACAUCGCUCCCCGAUGGGUGUACAAUCUCUCCACAAUGUGGAUGAUCUUUGUGGUCAUCGCCUCCACCUUCACCAACGGACUGGUGCUGGUGGCCACAGCCAAGUUCAAGAAGCUCCGCCAUCCGCUCAACUGGAUCUUGGUGAAUCUGGCAGUGGCAGACCUUGGUGAGACCCUCAUUGCCAGCACCAUCAGUGUCGUCAACCAAAUCUUUGGAUACUUCAUCCUGGGACACCCAAUGUGCGUUCUUGAAGGCUACACUGUCUCCAGCUGUGAUAUUACUGCACUGUGGUCCCUGACUGUCAUCUCUUGGGAAAGAUGGGUGGUUGUCUGCAAACCUUUUGGAAACAUCGGAUUUAAUGGCCGUUGGGCGUCAGUUGGUAUAGUUUCCUCUUGGACGUGGUCCAUCAUAUGGUGUUCACCGCCAGUCUUCGGCUGGAGCAGAUUUUGGCCUCACGGUCUCAAGACCUCCUGUGGACCUGACGUGUUCAGCGGCAACGAGGAUCCAGGAGUUCUGUCCUACAUGAUUGUACUCAUGAUUACCUGCUGUAUUAUUCCACUUGGCAUCAUCAUCCUUUGCUACAUUGCCGUCUGGAUGGCCAUCCGUGCUGUUGCACAGCAGCAGAAAGACUCUGAAUCAACGCAAAAGGCUGAGAAGGAAGUCUCCAGAAUGGUGGUUGUCAUGAUCGUUGCUUACUGUGUCUGCUGGGGACCAUACACAUUCUUUGCCUGCUUUGCUGCAGCCAACCCUGGAUAUGCCUUCCACCCCCUGGCUGCAGCGUUACCCGCCUACUUUGCCAAGAGCGCCACCAUCUAUAACCCCAUCAUUUAUGUCUUCAUGAACCGACAGUUCCGCACCUGCAUCAUGCAGCUGUUUGGCAGGACGAUGGAAGAAGGUUCUGAAGUGUCCCCAUCCAGGACUGAGGCCUCAUCUAUGGCUCCUGCUUAAACCUGCUUUAACAAUCCA